AUGAAUACGUCAGCUUUGACUCUUCCUGUGGUUACUAUUCAGCAUACUUUCGCAGAGGUCAUACAAGAGAUCCAAGACGGCGUGAUAGCAUCCGAAAAUUUCUGGGUUUCGUGUUACAAAAAAUCCGAAACGUCCGUCCAUGCAAAGAUCAAUGCCGAAUUGGAUGAGCAUAACAGAAAUCUUGUCAAUUUGACCACAAUCGAGGAGAAGGGGGACGUUGAGGUCUCGGUAGGACCCACAGGUAAUUACAGGGUUACCUGUAAAUCACUCGGGAUACCACCUACAGAAGUUGUGACGCCGAUCCAGGAAUACAAGGAUGAGGAGAGGUCGAAUUCCACGCGUCCGCACAGAAUUACAGCGUUUGAUGUUUCUCCCGAUUGUUCUCGAUACGCAACCGGGUACCUUGAUGGCACAAUCUUUCUCUACCCAACUACACCAUUCAAACCACCCCACAAGUCCUUUCUGCCAGACACCAUCGAAACCACAAAGACCAAGCAACAGUCGAGGCCGCACGUCGCUCAGACAACGUCGCUCAAAUUUUUCCCCUCUUCCCGUGUCCUUCUUUCAUCCGGUUUGGACUUUACCUUGACAAUUCUUCCUGCGGACCUUCCAGAUCCCAGCGCCCAGGCACCUAGCUAUGGAGCUCGCAUCUCCCCUGCGCGUACCAUGCGGGCGCACACUCGUAUGAUUACCGACACGGCCAUCAUCGCAGUCGGCCGCAACGUCGUGUCCUCCUCUCUCGACGCAACCAUCAAACUGUGGGAUGUCUCUUCAGGCGACGUCAUUUCUUCAAUCACCGCGCAAGGAGGUGUCUCUUCUAUGAGCCUUGGAGAUCGACCCCCAGCUCCCCCAGACGGCGAGGAGCCAACUCCGCCGAUUGCGACAGACGCGCGUGAAGUACCAGAGACGAGCGCGAAAGUUAUAUUUGGUGGACUGGAGAAUGGAUCCUUCCAGAUGUUCGACCUUGGGUUUAAGAAAUCGGUGUACACUUCUCCGAAACCUUCCGUUCGGUCAUCCCUCUCCUCCAUUGUCUACUUGCAGUCUGCCAACCUUCUUGCAACGGGAUCAUCAUCCGGGUUGAUCUCUAUUUACGACACGCGAUCCCUUGCAACUCCUCUCACUUCGUUUAGGCGGCUGGACACGACUGUAGAACAAAUGGCAUUUAGGAACAGUCUCAACGGCGAGGUACAACUUGCGGUGGCAACAUCUGAUGGUUUGCCGUAUAUCGCCAGUGUCGUACCCGAAGGACCGUCUGUCCUUACCGAACUCAUCGGUGUGGACUGCGAUUCUGUAAGGAAUGUCACGGUGCGAGGCACGGAUGUGUGGUGUGCGAGUGAUGAUGGUAUAGUUCGACGGUAUGCUUUGUGA